UCCUGCCGUGUUUCAGAGACCUGUUUGCAAGCCACUGCUGUGGUAAGAACCCUUCCAAAUGGAGCAGUAACUGUGGGCCCAUCACUGAAGACUGAUGAAUGGACUGAACUGGAGCAAAAUUCAGACCCAGACUCCUUCCUGAAGUCUGCGCGUCUCCAGCGCCUGCCCUCGUCCUCGUCAGAGAUGGGGAGCCAGGACGUGUCCCCUCUCCGGGAGACCAGCAAGGAUCCUUUCUCUGGGGACUGCAGCUGCCGACAGGAUGGGCUGACUGUCAUCAUCACCGCCUGCCUGACCUUCGCCAUGGGGGUCACGGUGGCCCUGAUCAUGCAGAUCUACUUUGGGGACCCUCAGAUCUUCCACCGCGGUGCCGUGGUCACAGACGCUGCCCGUUGCACGGCGCUGGGCAUAGAGGUGCUCAACAAGCAGGGCUCCUCGGUAGAUGCGGCCAUCGCCUCGGCCCUCUGCGCGGGGAUCGUCAACCCCCACACGUCGGGGCUCGGCGGGGGUGGGGUGAUGCUGGUCCAUGACAUCCGGAAGAACAGGAGCUGGGUGAUCGACUUCCGUGAGGUGGCUCCCCUGGGCAUCCCGCUGGAGGGGGACCUGCAGAAGGACACCAAGCCAGGUCUGCUCGUGGGGGUGCCAGGCAUGGUACAAGGAAUGCAGCAGGCGCACCAGUUACACGGGAGACUCCCGUGGUCCGAGCUGCUGGGCCUUGUGGCUGGUGUCGCCCAGGAUGGGUUUAACGUCACCCACGAUUUGGCCAAAGCCGUAAGUGAGCUGAAGGACCUGAACUACUCUGACAAAUUUCGGGAGGUCUUCCUGCCGGACGGCCAGCCCGUGCUGCCUGGCAUGUUCAUGAAGCGCCCGGACCUGGCGGCCGUCCUGGAGCUGCUGGGGGCAGAAGGAGUGUCAGCUUUCUACAGCGGGAACCUGACACAGGAGAUAAUCUCCGAGGUCCACAACUACGGAGGAGUCUUGGUGGAGGAAGACUUCCACAAUUACAGUGUCACGGUGGAGAAUCCUGUCCACACAGUCUAUCGAGGUCACCUUGUUUUCAGCCCCCCACCUCCACAUGCAGGUCCUGCACUGAUCACAGCCCUGAACAUCCUUGAGGGCUUUAACAUCACAAGUCAAGUAUCCAGAGGGAAUAUCUUGCACUGGAUAGCAGAGACAUUAAAAAUAGCCCUGACUCUAGCUAGCAACCUGGGAGACCCAUCUGAUGAUGCAUCCAUCGCUCACACUGCAGAAAGCAUGAUGAGUAAAUCAGAAGCUAAUUCCCUGCGCCAGCUGAUUAAUGACUCCCAGUCCUUCUCAUCUGACCUCCACACGCCUCACUUCUCCACGGAGAGCGGACCCGCUGCCAGCCAGGUUCUUGUCAUGGGACCCGAUGACUUCAUUGUUGCAGUUGUAAGUUCUUUGAAUCGCCCCUUUGGCAGUGGAAUAAUAACACCCUCUGGAGUCCUCCUGAACAGCCAGAUGUUGGACUUCUCCUGGCAAAAUAAAACAAUGAACCACUCCAUUCCCAGGCCGCAAAAUCUCCUUCAGCCUCGGAAACGGCCCCUGUCUUUCCUGUUGCCCACCAUCGUGAGGCCGGCUGAGGGGAUGUGCGGGACGUACCUCAGCCUGGGGGCGAACAACGGGGACAAAGCCUUGAGCAGCAUCGUUCAGGUUUUGCUAAAUGUCUUAACGUUUAACAAGAAUCUGAGUGAAAGUUUGUCACUUGGUCGACUUCACCCACAGCUUCAGUCCGACACCCUGCAGGUUGACAGUGAGUUUCCUGAAGAAGAUAUUGAAUUUCUUGUAGCCAGGGGCCAUCAAGUGGAUAAAGUCAAAGUGCUCUCCCUAGUUCAUGGCGCCAGAAGAACCAACAGUUUCAUCAUUGGCCUGAAGGACCCCAGGAGUGUGGAUGCUGCCGGAGCCACGAUAUCGUAG